CGCGCGAGCAGAAGAUGGCUUUUGGCUUUGAAGCUUCUUCUCACAUGCCCGACCGGGCUGUUUGCUUUCGGACUUUGCUGGUCGUUGCUUCUAGAGCGCAAAGACUUCCAUGCGGGCAGCGCACUCACUCCUCACAUCAGAUGCUUUCACGCAGCCGGUCGGCACACCUCGCUGCAAAGCCUUCUAGUAGACAGAUCGUCCCCUGCCUGCCUGCGUGAUCCGCCACGGUCACUUUCGCGAGAUCGCGAGCCCAUCUACUCUGCUCUGGAGGUGCAUACGCGUACGCCGUAUCCAUUCGCGAGCACCGCCUUUCCUGCCUGUUUCCCCUCCUCAAGUACCAAAUCAGUCGCCGCGCUCACCACCACCACCACCACCAACACCUCCUUCCUUCCUUGUAUCGGCCGGCAGCAGUCUCUGUCGCUCGUGGGCGCUUGAUCGACGACGACAACGACGAGCGCCUCGUCCUCGCGCGGCGCCAUGCUGCAGGCGGGCUCGGAGCGGGCGGCUCCGCUGCCGGGCGCGGCGAGGCUGUGGGUGCCGGGGAUGAGCCCCGUGGCGGUGGCGUCGGCCAGGGCGCGGGAGAUCGCGCGCAGGCGGGAGGAGAUGCUCGGCAUGCUGCGCGACCUCCCCGAGGCCGACUACGAGCUCUCCCUCACCGACCUUGUCGACAAGACCGCCGCCGCGGCCAACGGGGCCGUGGCGCCGCUGCCUUGCGAGAGGAAGGAGGCGAGCCCCAGCCCCAGCCCCUUGGGCCUGGCCGAGCGGUCCGCGUCCGGCGGCCAGGCCGAGCAGCAGCCAGCCCAGACUGCGGUGAGGACGACGGAGAAGCGGGGCUCCGCUAGGCGGCGCGGGGACGGCGGCAGCGGACUCCGCAGCAGCAGCGACGGCGUCCUGCUCAACUUCUACAUGCCCCGCUCCUUCACCCGCAGCUUCACCGCGCCGCGCCCCGCCCGCACCCCCUCCUUCUCCAACUCCGGCCGGGCCGCCUGCGCCUGCGCCGUCGCCCCCGACGACUGCAACAAGAGGGAGAGAGACGGCGACACGGUCAGGUGCUGGCCGCUGCCGUGGGACCGGCGGUGGCGCAAGUCGAGCCGGCGGCGGCAAGACGCAGCCGCCGCGACGUCCGGCGAGCUGUCGGCGAUGCUGACGGAGGCGGACCACUCUGAUCCCGCGGACAAGGUCUGAAGACCUUUUCCCUUAGGUGAGCAAAUGGCGAGAGCUCUGAAACGGCAUCUUGCCUCGGAGUAGAAGAAGAAGACGGGUCUCAUCUACCAAACUACUGUUGGUUGUGCACGCACGUUUCUGCGGUUCUGUACAUACGUACUAAGUAGUACUGCACACGCAAUACUGUCUUUUCUUUAGGGGAACACGCAGUACCGUCUGGUUGUUUUAGUUUGUUUGUAGCACUUGUAUAGGGCAUGGCAUUGACAUGGACUCCAUGUAUCUCGAGAACUAAUUUCGUGUGUGUGUACAACAAAGCUGUAUUUUUUAUUUGUGCUAUAAGAGACAACAAAGGUAG